GUUCCAAGACAAGUAACCAGUUGUCCGCUAACAGCCGAGGAGGUCGGUCGAGUUUAAAAAAAACCGCGAGUGAUAAAACCGUGCUGAUAAUAAUUCCUAUUGGAUUUCCCAUUAUUUGCUGGGGACGGACGCACGCUGGUUAUAAGUGAAAAAAAAAUACAGCGGCUCUAUGACGCGAAGCCAGCGUUAGAAUAAGACAGCACACAGACAACCCAACAGAAUGUCGUCCAAAGCUAUAUACGAGGCGACAGGGAAGGACCUUAUUAACAGGCACAUAGCCCCAGGCACAGCGCUGGUGCCGUGUCGGUUUGCAGUCUUCGAGCACGGGACGAUAUGGGAAGAUGAGUUGGGCAAGAACCCAUGGCUCACGAAAGAGCAAUUGGUGGUAAAACCAGAUCAGUUGAUCAAGCGCCGUGGCAAACUCGGCCUGGUCGGAGUCAACAAGUCCGCCGCCGAAGUGCGUCGCUGGCUGUCCGAACAUAAUAACAAGGAACAGAAGAUCGGCGCCGCCUCCGGAAAGCUGAGGAGGUUCGUUGUGGAACCAUUCAUCAAGCAUGAACCCAGCGAAGAGAUGUACCUGUGCAUCCAGUCGGGUCGUCGCGCGGACACCAUCAUGUUCCACCACCAGGGCGGCGUCGACGUCGGAGAUGUCGACGCGCUCGCGCUGCGCCUUGACGUGCCUGUGGACACGUUCCCCACAGGUGAAGAUAUUGACCGCGCGCUGUUGAAGAACAUAAAAUCUGUCACCAUUAAAAGGAUACUAACAACAUUCAUAACCUCCCUAUACCGGGUAUUCGUAGACCUAUACUUCACAUACAUGGAAAUCAAUCCGGUAGUGGUCACCAACGAAAGGGUUUACUUAUUGGACUUGGCGGCCAAGUUGGACCAAACGGCCGACUUCAUUUGCGCAAAGAAUUGGGGUGAGGUGACCUUCCCACCCCCUUUCGGAAGGGAUGCCUAUCCUGAGGAGGCACAUAUUGCUGAUUUGGAUGCGAAGAGUGGGGCUAGUCUUAAGUUAACAGUCCUCAACAAGUCCGGUCGUAUCUGGACGAUGGUGGCCGGCGGAGGAGCGUCCGUGGUGUACACGGACACAGUGUGCGCGCUGGGGGGCGCGGCCGAGCUCGCCAACUACGGGGAGUACUCCGGAGCGCCCACCGAGAGCCAGACCGCGGACUAUGCCAAGACUAUAUUCAGCCUCAUGUGCCGCGACCGACACCCGAGCGGCAAGGUGCUCAUAAUCGGCGGUGGUAUCGCUAACUUCACCAACGUAGCAGACACAUUCCGAGGAAUCAUCACCGCCAUAGAGACGUAUAAGGACGCCCUACUACAGUACAAUGUUACCAUCUUCGUGCGACGAGGCGGACCCAACUAUCAGGAGGGACUCAGACAAAUGCGUGAAGUCGGCCACCGUCUUCGGAUCCCGAUGUACGUGUUCGGCCCUGAGAGCAACAUGACGGCUAUAGUCCGUCUCGCUCUCGGCCACGCGCCCAUCCCACCAGAUCAUCAAUUGGACUAUGCUCCCAAGCAGCUGCCCAAACCAGAACCCGCGCCAGCACCAAAAAUCGAGCUGCCUGAACUUACGCCAGCACUAUUAGACCUGGUGUGCUCCCAGGCGCCUACGCGAGCUGAGCUGGGGCAGCAGUUGUCCACCGCGCGGCCACUCUUCACUGAUCGCACCAAGGCCAUCGUAUGGGGCAUGCAGAACCGGGCCAUCCAGGGCAUGUUGGACUUCGACUACAUAUGCCGCCGCGCGGAGCCGUCUGUGGUGGCCAUCGUAUACCCCUUCACGGCUGACCAUAAACAGAAGUACUACUUCGGGAACAAGGAAGUUUUUAUACCGGUGUUCAGCGACAUGGACGUGGCGAUGCGGAAGCACCAAGAAGCGACAGUGCUCGUCAACUUCGCGUCGCUCCGCUCCGCAUACGACAGCACGAUACAGGCGAUGCAGCAUCCACAGAUCAACACGAUCGUCAUCAUAGCGGAGGGUAUCCCUGAGAACAUGACGCGCAAGAUCAUCAAACUUGCUGACGCGAGAGGGGUAAACAUAAUCGGCCCAGCAACAGUGGGAGGUAUCAAGCCUGGCUGCUUCAAGAUCGGCAAUACAGCGGGCAUGAUCGACAAUAUUGUGGACAGCAAGCUCUAUCGGCCUGGCAGUGUAGCAUACGUGUCCCGUUCGGGAGGUAUGAGCAACGAGCUCAACAACGUGCUGUCAAAGGAAGCGGACGGCGUGUGCGAGGGAGUGGCCAUCGGCGGCGACCGCUACCCGGGGACCACCUUUGUGGACCACUUACUGAGAUACGAAGCCGACCCAAACGUCAAGAUGGUGGUGCUUUUAGGUGAAGUGGGGGGAGUGGAAGAAUACCACGUAUGCAAGAUGAUGCGGGACCGAAAACUGACCAAGCCUUUAGUGGCUUGGUGCAUUGGCACUUGCUCUGACAUGUUCACAUCGGAAGUACAGUUCGGGCACGCGGGUUCGCUCGCGGGCUCGGCGCUAGAGAAGGCGGCCGCUAAGAACGCGGCGUUAGCGGCUCACGGCGCCGUGGUCCCUGACUCCUUUGACACGCUGGGGAAUGCUAUCAACAAGGUGUACAAGAAGCUGGUAUCAGAAGGCAAGAUUAUAGUGAAAGAAGAGGUCGAGCCGCCCAAGGUGCCCAUGGACUACGACUGGGCAAGGAAACUGGGUAUCAUCCGCAAGCCUGCUGCUUUCAUCAGCACGAUCUGUGACGAGCGAGGGCAGGAGCUGAGCUACUGCGGCGUGCCCAUCAGCGGCGUACUGGAACGACAACUGGGCGUCGGCGGCACCAUCAGCUUAUUGUGGUUCCAAAGGGAAUUGCCGGACUGGGCGAGCAAGUUCUUCGAGCUCGUGCUCAUAGUGACAGCGGACCACGGGCCGGCGGUGUCCGGCGCUCACAAUACCAUGGUCACAGCGCGCGCGGGGAAGGACCUCAUAUCGUCUGUGGUCAGCGGGCUGCUGACUAUUGGCGACCGUUUCGGCGGCGCGCUGGACCGCGCGGCGUUGGACUUCUGCGCGGCAUAUGACAAAGGCCAGCACCCGCAGGAAUUUGUCAACGAGAAGCGCGCUAAAGGAGAACUUAUCAUGGGCAUCGGACACAGGGUGAAAUCAAUCAACAACCCAGACUCCCGCGUCCGAGAACUGAAAGCGUACGUGACGUCACGCUGGCCCGCGUGGCCGGUGACGCGGUACGCGCUGGACGUGGAAGCGAUCACCACCAGGAAGAAGCCCAACCUGAUCCUCAAUGUCGACGGCAUCGUGGCCGCGGCCAUGGUGGACAUGUUCCGACACUGCCAGCUGUUCACGCAGGAGGAAGGCAACAACUACAUUGCGAUGGGCUCCAUCAACGCCCUCUUCGUCCUAGGCCGCACCAUCGGCCUAGUGGGCCACUACCUCGACCAGAAGCGUCUCAAACAACCCCUCUACCGCCACCCCUGGGACGACAUCACCUACAUGUCACCCCAUAACUGAACACCCCUCUAAAGUUGUUAUACUAGUACGAUAGAUGGCGUUUAUUGUUAAAAAAAUUGUGACAUGUACACUUCUAGUGACCUUUUCUUUUACACUUCUAACAUUAACACUGACAUUCAUAGUUAAGAUAGGGGCUUCUUUAGCCAUUCAGAUAUCAUGCGUCAUUCAGAAAAUCUACAUUUUUUAAGCCUUGACUCGAUUUAUCUCGAAACUAAACUCGAAAAUUCAAGUGAUAAUUUUUUUGUGACAACGCCAUCUAUCGAGCAUUUUGGUCUAAUUUAAAAUCGUAUUAGAAAAUAAUAAUACAAAUAAAAUGUAAUAGUUAAAUCUUUAGUCUGGGAAUUAUUACUUGUAGUUUUUAAUAUAUAAUUGUAAGUAAAUAAUUGUUCUAUUACUAAUUUAAUUAUUAAUGCCGACCGCUAAAAAUGCGCAAAAUAUAUUAUAUUUUAUCUUAUUUUGUUUAAUUUUUUAAUUUUAUAUUGUAACUUUUUGACAAACUCAUAUUAUUUCGAGUUGAUUAAGAAAAAUAGGGAUUGUUUGAUAAAAAGGGAGAAUUUGAUAUUGUUAAAAUUCUAUUGUGCACAUUGUAAAACUGCUAUCCUUGUCUGCGGAGAGCAUUAUGAAAGGGAUAGCUUGACUUAUUAAUGUUAAUUAACUAUUGUUAUUAGAGUUUGUGGACAAUAGACUUUAGCUCCAAAAGUAAUAAAUAACAGGUAACAUUUUUGCGUUAUUUUUAGCGGUAGGCCGAGCGCAGAUUAUAAAGAAUAAAUGGACACAGAUGAUGGAUAUUGUUAUCUAUGGUUGAGUAAUUCUAUAGAAAGGUCACAAAACAUAUUGUAAGUAGUUUAGAUGAUAAGUUAAUAUAGUAUACAUUAUAUGACUCUGUUUUAACCGAUGGAUGUCCAGUGCUGGACAGGUCUGUGGUAGGGAUGUCCACAUUCCACAAUGUUUUUUUUUUCACCCUGACAAAGUUUGAGGGAUCUUAAAAUGUUAUAAAAUAGUCUAUUCAUUUUGAAGGUGACUUUAACCGUUUAGACGCACAACGCCAUAAAUGCAAAACGUCAAAAUAAGAAUUGUGGCGUUUUGCGAUAGUGAAAGAUUACUUACGCAAAAUACCAAACUAGCAUAAUGCCAAAAACGCAAAUCGCCAAAAUUGAAAUGUCUGGAAAUACCAAGCCCAAAAUUUCAUAGUUUAAGCAAGGUAAUCUUAAAUUUAAGAUUACUUAACUUUACGGGUCUCUUCAUUUUAAGGGUCUCUUAAAUUUUAAGACCCUUAUUAUAUUUUAUAGUUUCUUAAUUUAUUUUUGUAUUUUUUUUUUUUACUAUCAGUGAUUUGGCAUUUGGUAGCUAAGCGCUUUGAUGUUAUGCAUUUCGGGUUUAUGGCAUUUAAAUGUGUACCGUUUUCGUCAUUUGGCGUUUUGCGUUUUUAGCGUAGUGUCAAAUUGUUAUUUGACGUUUUACUUUCCUGUCGUAAGUUCUAAAUGUGUUAGAAGUAUAAUAAUUUAUACUAUAUUAGCUAUUCAUUCAAAAAUAGAGGGUUAUGUUUCUACGCUAUUAAGUACAUAUUGUUUUUUCAAUAAUAAUAGGUAAGUAAGAAAACUUGACUCAUUAGGUAUUUUUAUACAAAAUGAUGAUAAAUGCAAAAAAAUAUAUAAAUUAUUAAAUUGACAUAAUAUUAUAAACAAAGUAGUUUUUUUGAAAUGUUUCCGCCCUUAACGAAACAUAUAACCUCCUUUGGGUGCACUUGGGUAAAAACGUUACUAUUUUGAUGUUAGACG